GGAAAAAUGUUGUGUUGAGUGGAUGAACAGUUUUGUGCAAAUUCCGACACACAAAACCACAAAGUCUUCUCCUUUUCAUUCCAUAUUCUGACUAAUCACUAGUGGCAACUGGCAACACUACUCUCUCUCUCUCUCUCUCUCUCUCUCUCUCUCUCUCUCUCUCUUCACACUUCUUUCAUGUUCUGAUACAGGAAUGGGAACAAAUCUCAGCAUUCCCAGAACUGAAAAGUUCUCUGAAGAUGGCGAAAAUGAGAAUCUUAGAUAUGGAUUAUCAUCUAUGCAAGGUUGGCGUGCAACAAUGGAAGAUGCACAUGCGGCACAUCUUGAUGUGGAUUCAUCCACUUCAUUUUUUGGAGUUUAUGAUGGUCAUGGAGGUAAGGCAGUUGCAAAGUUUUGCGCCAAGCAUCUUCACCAACAGGUACUCAAGAGUGAAGAAUACAUAGCCGGAGAUGUUGGAACAUCACUUCAGAAAGCAUUUUUCAGAAUGGACGAGAUGAUGCGUGGUCAAAGGGGAUGGAGGGAAUUAGCGGUCUUGGGUGAUAAGGUAAAAGGAUUCAAUGGAAUGAUUGAAGGAUUGAUUCGGUCUCCAAGAAGCAGUGAUAAUAAUAAUAAUAAGGACCAAAGUGAUGAUUGGGGAUUUGAGAAGGGACCUCAUUCUGAUUUUGAUGGACCAACUUCAGGAAGUACUGCCUGUGUCGCAAUCAUUAGAAACAACCUAAUUUUUGUCGCAAAUGCCGGUGAUUCUCGCUGCAUAAUAUCUAGGAAUGGUCAGGCUUACAAUUUGUCUAGAGACCACAAACCGGAACUCGCGAUUGAGAAGGAAAGAAUCUAUAAAGCUGGAGGUUUUAUUCACGCAGGACGAGUUAAUGGGAGUUUAAAUCUAGCAAGAGCUAUAGGUGAUGUGGACUUUAAGAAUAAUAGAUUUCUUUCGGCUGAAAAACAAGCUGUCACCGCUAAUCCAGACAUAAACAUUGUUGACCUUCACGACGAAGAUGAAUUUAUAGUGAUAGCUUGUGAUGGCAUAUGGGAUUGCCUGUCAAGCCAGCAAUUGGUAGAUUUUGUACGUCAAGAACUUCUCUUGGAUACCAAACUUUCUGAGGUUUGUGAAAGAGUCCUCGACCGGUGUUUGGCGCCGUCUUUGGCUAUGGGUGACGGAUGCGAUAACAUGACAAUGAUUUUGGUGCAGUUCAAAAAACCAGUGCAGACUAAUGCACGAGCUGAAGAACAAUCAUCUUCAAAUGAAGAAGGUGCAUCUGAACCAAGAUUGGAGAGCAGUUGAAGAUGACAGUUUUCUUAUUAACAAAAUUGCAUAUUGUAUAGUGUGCACCUAUGCUUAGAAAAUGUCUAAUUACAUAUCGACCCCUAGCUUACUUUUUUUCAAGAACUUAAAUAUAUUAUUGUGCCUGUUCAAUAAGCGGUCAUUAAUAUUAGCAAUAACAAUAUGCAGAGAUUUUGAGCUGGUUA